AUGCUUUCUCUGGCCGGCAUACGAAAUGCUUGUCCGAGAUGCUACAGAGCUUCUGUGGCGGCCUCGCGACAACACAGGGUUGAGUGCCUAGGAAUUACAAAACUACAAAGAUUGCGCCGACAAACUGCGACGCUCCCCUCCACUCGUCGAACAGCUGCAGCUCGACACUUUUCCACUUCACGAAGCCUAAAAGAUGGCUCGGCGGCCGGAGAAGUGAUACAACCUACGGAAAAUAUUGAGCAAGUGGUGCGCGAUGCCAAACAACGAUUUCGAGAUACACUCCCCAAGGGCUACUUGAACGAGGAGGAAUAUCGUCUCUACGAAAGGUUAUACGGCCCGCCGCUGCGCGAGACGACACCCGAAGAUGUUGGUAUUCCGGAGCAUUCCGAUAUGGGGAGCGCGAACCCAGAAGGCGAAGGAAUACUGCUUCGAGAGCUCGAGGGUGGCGAGUUCGAAGAAGUAAGCUAUGAAAUGGCAAAGCAAUCGGCGGAAGACGGUGAGAGUGUGGACAACUUUGUAGUUGCUAAAGCCCCCGGAUACGUCGAUUUCGUUGCGCGAAGCGAAAGAGAGCGCAUUGCCAUGGAGCAGCUUCAGAAGGAUUUCGACGCAGCCGCGCGAGCGCAGGAGGAAGCGGCCUAUGCAACCGAAGAGCUGGAACAGGACGAUGAACUGUCCCACGGUACCGAGGGCGAGAGCUCAUGGGCAGAUGGAGAAUACCCGACAUACCAAUCAACAUCGACGGGAGAAGGCGAACGCUUUCAUCCUUACACAUUGGAGGGUCGCUUUCAUAACAGCCCUGUGGAGAUAUUGCUUCCCCAAGAGCGCCUAGUAAAGCCUUUGCAGUCGCUUCUUGGAAGAACACACUUGGAUCACGUCAGGACUGCCGCACAGUCGGCCUUUGGAGGCAGGGGUCUCCCGACAUCCCCAGUGACCCCUGUUGGACUGCGAAAUGGCCACAUGGGCGGCAUUGGCCUACCGCCAGACUCCAAGCAUAUGACGGAGAUUGAAGCAGAUGCUUUCCUGGCGGCCUAUGUUCCGGGAGCCUACGCCAGCGCCAUGGCAACGCUACGAGAAGUAAGAAAGCGGAUUGGCGGUGACUGGAUCCAGUCGCGGCUAAAGAAUAACGGGCCGGGCUUGAGUGUGUUGGAUGCUGGUGCGGGAGGCGCAGGUCUCGUUGCUUGGGAGCAAAUCUUGCAAACGGAAUGGGAUUUACUUGCCGAAAAGGGGCAAGUUCAUGGCGACAAGAUACCCGGCAAGAAGACUGUCGUUGUAGGUUCUGAUCGACUGCGUGGGCGUCUCAAGACGUUUCUCGAUAACACGACAUUUAUUCCACGGUUGCCCGACUACAUGCACUCGGGUGCCAUGAAGAGCGGCCAACAUUUGGAUUCCGGAGGCGAACCGCAAAAGCGCAAGAGCUACGACAUCAUUAUUGCGUCGCACUUGUUCCUGAAGGAAAAGCAGGAUCACUACCGACAAGCCAUUUUGAACAACCUCUGGACGCUGCUGAGCCCGGAUGGUGGCGUGCUUAUCGUCAUGGAGAAGGCGCACCCACGCGGCUUCGAAGCUGUUGCGCACGUACGAGACACGCUCCUGAAGCAGUUUUUGCUGCCACAAUCUGGCGAGAACCCUAUCAACGCAGACGACUUUAAUCCAGCAUUUCACAGGGAGCUCGAGGCCGGCCGAAUUCUGGCGCCAUGCACUAACCAUGGGACAUGCCCCAUGUAUCCAGAGCCAGGCAAGAGCAAAGGGCGCAAGGAUUACUGCCAUUUUAGUCAGAGAUUUGUACGGCCGGGCUUCUACAGCAAAUUGAUGGGCAACGAGUCGCACAAUCAAGGCGAAGUCGAGUUUAGCUACGUGGCAAUUCAGAAGGGUGUGCGACAGGGCGAAGCGCAGAACAGCAAGGAGCUCGCCGACGAGGCUUUCCGCGGCUAUGAAGAGGCCGAGGCGACGCCCGACAUGCAGACGCUGCCGCGCAUCCUCCUGCCGCCCAUCAAGCGCAAGGGCCACGUGACGCUGGACGCGUGCACGCCUGAUGGCCGACUGGAGCGGUGGACGGUGCCCAAGAGCUUCAGCAAGGUGGCGUACCACGACGCGCGCAAAUCGCGCUGGGGCGACUUGUGGGCGCUGGGGGCCAAGACGCGGGUACCGCGGGCGGCGCGCACCGGCAGCGGCGUGGACACGGAGAAGCAGCGGGCGAUAGAGGCCAAGAAGGCGCAGCGCGAGGCGGCACGCGAGGGGCUCGGGACGGACUGGCAGGUCAAAACGAGAACGGGCCGAGGCAAUAGCCGGACGAAGAGGCAGGAGGAGCUGAUUCGCCAGAUUAUGGAGGAGCAGGGCGAUGACGAGCAGGAGAUGGACCAGGAGGUGGACGGGGAGCUGGCCGAGCUGGACCGGCUCGCGGAAGCUGAGCAACGGUUCAAGAAUUAA